AUGGAGACUGCCCCAUUGGGUGAUUGGAUCUGCCACCUGUUGAAGGAGAGUGAAUUUGUAGAUUCAAGGGGAAAGGGCUCUAAUAAUGUGUUGACUGAGUUGCAGCUGAAUGAAUUUCAGAACGUGAAAUGUCUCCAGCUCUCUGAUUGUGAUUUAGUGACACAUUUAUUGAAGAGGACACAUGAAGUAAUCAAGUUCCCCAAUUUAUAUGAGUUGGAGCUUCAAUAUCUGGAAUGUCUCACUCACUUUUGCAGUGACACUGUUGUGGGCAUUGAGUUCCCUCAGUUACGGAUAGUGAACCUCUGUUACUUACCUGAGUUCCAAAAUUUGUGUCCUAUAGCCAACAACUCCAUCACAGACUCAAAUCUUCUUUUUCAUGAAAAGGUUUCUUGUCCCAACCUAGAAGAGCUAAAGAUCACUGGGGCUAUCAGCAUAAGUGCUCUAUGCUCUCACCAACUUCCAACUGACUACUUCACCAAACUUAAGACAUUGUAUGUAUCUAAUUGUGGAAAAUUGAGAAACUUGAUGUCUCCAUCAGUGGCCAAAGGUCUUUUGAAUCUCCAAGUGUUAUGCAUAACAAAUUGUGAAUCAAUGGAAGAAGUGAUCACAAAAGGAGAAGGAAUCAUGACCUUAUUUCCGCAAUUGGAACAACUGGAGCUUCACAAGCUGCCUAAGUUGGGGCAUUUCUUUAUGACAGAACAUGCUCUUGAAUUUUCAUUUCUCAAGGAAGUGAAGAUUUAUAACUGCCCUGAAAUGAAGACAUUUGUCCAACAAGAAAUACCUAUGAGUACACUGAGUCUCAAAUGGGAGAACUUUGAUAAUAAGGUGAAAGUAGAUGAUCUGAAUAAAUGGAUACAACAGAGGUUCAAUUACAAGGUUUGUCUUAUUCCACGAGUUGAAUAA